GGAAUUAGUGAUUACACCGAACACGUCAAUAUCAGGAUAUAACCACAGUUGUUGGUGUGGUGUGCUAGUAUUGAUUAUACCUUUGAAAUUGAAACUCUUCCCCAUUCAAUGUAUUAGGGUUAAACAUUUUAGUUAUAUAUAAUCAUAGAAACAUAAAUGAGAUGAGAUCUUAUAAUUCAUGAGAGCCAAAGGUAAUUAGGAAAUUAUAUAUAGUUUAUAGAGAUGAUACCUAAUAACACUGUUCCACAACAACCACCAAAAAGAGAUCUAGAUCCAACAUUAUUGAAUAUUAGAUACAAAGAAUGUGUGAAGAAUCAUGCAGCAAGCAUAGGGGGUCAUGUAACAGAUGGAUGUGGAGAGUUCAUGCCAAGUGGAGAACAAAACACUCCACAACAUUUCAUCUGUGCUGCUUGUCACUGCCAUAGAAGUUUUCACAGAAAACAAAUUCAUCCUAUUAGGUUACUAACUCCAUCAACUGAAGAUAUCAAUAUGUUUUAUUAUAAUAAUAAUGAUGAUGGUCUUCAGUUAUCAACAAAGAAGAGGUCUAGAACCAAGUUCACACAACAGCAGAAAGAUAGAAUGAUGGAGUUUGCUCAGAAAAUUGGCUGGAAGUUACAGAAACAACAUGAGGAGGAAGUGGACAAAUUUUGUUGUCAGCUUGGUUUUAAAACACAGGUUUUUAAGGUUUGGAUGCAUAAUAGUAAGCAAGCCAUGAAGAAGAUUAAAACAGCUCCUCGUCGAGCACUGUGGGUCUGCUUAAGCUUUGCUGCCGACCACCAAUGAGUUGUUGAAGCUCCACCGCAAGGAAUGAAAAUAGGUCAUAUUUUGAUAUUUUUGUUACA